GAAACUAUGAAUCCCGGCUCACUUUCUGGCACUCAUUCUACCCACAUCUUUCAAAAUGGCGACUUACAUUCUCCGGCGAAUGCAUUAUCAAAAAUUACAUAAAUUCAGUGUUCUUUUAAAUAGUCAGCAGAGUUCAUUACUGAGGACUAACAACCUGCGUCGAGUAUGCACCUCUUCAAGACUUUGUUCUGAUGUCUCAUCAUCUGGUGGUCACACAGAAUCCUCUGUUACUGGAGAGAAAGAAAAUGGUGCAAACAAAACGUUCUGGCUUCCAAAGACCUCAGCAUUUGCCUUGUCCAAGAACAAAGAUCAAAUUGGAAAAGAAACAAGCUCAACUGUCCAGUUAGACCUAGAAUCAACAGACGGGGAGAAAGUCCCGGUCCACAUCACAGCGGGCAGUCUGCAUGACCUUAUCAAGGCUGUUGUUGAGAUUGAUGGAGUCCUGCAGAGCCAUAUAUCACAAAUGAGAGACAGCUUACCUCUCCAGGACAGGUUAGAAGAAUUGCUGUUCAUUCCUAAACAAAGUGCAGAACAACUGAGUUCGAAAAAUAUGUAUUUUUUAAGAGAAAUAAAGAUUGAGACAGCUUCGCUGAUUGACAUUUUGUACGAUGUGCAGAACGAACAUGGAGUUCUAGUCACCAUUUCAGCAGCUCAAAAAGAAAAUAUUGCGGAUGCUAUGGAAAAGAUACAAAAGUUCAUUCUUACUGCAAAGGGUGAGAUAGUCAUAGACAAUCAAGUAGCACGGAGGUUGAUUGGUCCCAAGGGAGCCAGAAUCGCUGCACUGAAAAAAGAGACAGGAGCAGCCAUUUUUGUGCGAUAUGAAAACAACAGUGAUGAAGCUCAUGUUUUAGUGCAAGCUGAGAAUCAGAAGAAACUGGAAGCAGCUGUGGCCAAGAUAAAGGAAACUGUAGAUGGAAUUUCUAGGCGGGAGAAAAAGAAAUUUGAAUUAACUGUAAUGGAAAAGAAAAAGUUGAUUGGGAAGGGUGGUAAAAAUCUGAAAAGACUUCAUGAAGAGCUGGUAGAGGUUUAUGCGAAUAUAGAUUUAGCUUAUGGCGACUCUACAGAUCUGUGGUUAGAGGGAGAAGCAGCCCUGUUUGAUAAAGCGGUUGCAAAGAUGCAAAAAGAGCUCAACAGAUUAAAUUCCAGUGAUUUUGUGACGGUUAACUCCAGUGUGGCACAACAACUCAUAGCCUCCCAAGGAGCACGGGUCAAGGAGCUUGAAAAACAGACAGGAACAAGGAUUUCUGUGAAAACCAUUGAAAGUGAUGCUGAUGUUGAUGUUACUGUACAAGCCAAAAGUCCAAUGGAAUUAGAGACUGCUUUGGAAAAGAUACAUGAAGUAAUCCGGGAAAUAUCUAGACGAAAGAUGAAGAAAUUUGAAUUAACAGUUGAUGAAAAAGGGAAGUUGAUAGGCAAGGGUGGUGGCAAUUUGAAAAGGCUUCGAGAUGAGAUGUCAAAGAUGAAUGCAAAAAUUAAUUUAGGCUAUCGUGAGUCUACAGAUCUUUGGGUUGAGGCAGAUGAAGACACAUUUGAUAAAGCUGUUGCAUUGAUACAAAAAGAGUUGGACAAAAGAAAAUCAAUGGCAUUUACAACCUUCAAAGUUCCUCAAAUGGUGGGAAUAAAUAUCAUUGGCCCCAAAGGAGCAAGGGUUACAGAGCUGGAAAAACAGACAGGAGCAAAGAUUUCAUUGCAACGAAAGGACGCUGAUGAUGAAUUUGAUGUUAAAGUACAAGCCACGAGUUCAGUGGAAUUGAAGAAAGUUGUGAAAAAGAUACAGGAAGUUAUCAAAGACAUUUCUAGUGUAAAUGGACAGAUACCGAUAACCUCACAAGACAAGCGACAGCUACUUCGCUUUAAGGGGGCAAAGAUCAAGGAACUCCAAAAACAGACUGGAGCAUCUAUAGUGCUGAGAUUUAAUGAGAAAAACGAUGAACCCAAAGUCAUUGUACAAGCCAAAAGUCCAAUGGAGCUGGAGACUGCUGUGGAUAAGAUCAAUGAAGAAUUGGAGAAAUUGAGAUGUGAAGAAGUUUCCGAAUCUCUGUCCUUAACCUGGAGUGAAAGAGGCCAACUACUGGGAACUGGUGGUGAAACCUUCAAGGAAAUCAGGGAGACGUUACAACAGAAAGGUGUAGAAAUAGAUGUACUAAUAGAGAAUAAGAAAGUGACUGUGAAGGUGACCGGUCUGAGUGAAGAGAGUGUCCAAGAGGCUGUUGCCAUGAUCCAAGAGAAGGCUACAGCCAAAAGAGUGACCGAAACAAUUACAUUGAAACCACAUAAAACUCAAGGAAUGUUUAUAGGACUUGGUGGCCAGAAUAUCAAGAGAAUUUACAAUAGUUUGCCAAGAGGAGUUCACCUACAAGUAAACACAAAUGAUGAAGGGGAGACCAAGAUUUUAGUGUCAGCUUCAAAUGAAAGUGACCUUAAAAAAGCUGUUGAGAAGGUUCAAGAAGAAAAUGAGAGGGAAGGCGUAAGUGCAGAUAUGGAUCUCAGCAGAUUGCAGAUAAAAACUUUGAUUGGAGAUGGAGGUACAGGAAUCAGGAAAAUCAGGGAUGCCAUCAGAAAGAUUGGAGGCAGAAUUCACAUUCCAACAGAUUUUCGUGACACCAAAGUCGUUGUAACAGCUCAAAGUAAAGAGGAUUUAGAGACUGUCAUAGAAAUGAUAUUAGACCAAACAAUGAAACAAAGGGAGGAAGUAGAAGUUAGCAAGGACACCAUCAUCAAACUUAUGAUAGGAAAAAGAAAAGAACUGCUGGAGAAGUACGGUAAUCAGUUGAGGCUGUUUUUUCCUGGUACACAAGUACUCCGUGAUAAAGAAGCAACAACAGCACCAUUAUGGAUUGAAUGCCAAAAUCCGGAGGUUACAAAGGAAGUUCUAGCAGAGAUUGAAGAACUGAAAGAAAUGGAGUUGGUGAAGCAAACAAAGACCCUGCCUGUGGUGGUUUCUAGACAAAUGUUUGCAAAUGGUGCUCAAUUCCUGUCUGAUAUUGGUGCUGAGACAAAGUGUUACUUAUGUAAUACAUUCGUCUUUGAUGGAUCUGAAGUGGACAUAUACGGCAGAAAUCAGGAAGAUGUCAACGCCGCAAUAGCGAGGUUAAAUGAACACGUAUCCUCGUCAUCUACACCAGAAAGGAGAAGAGGUCCCAGAGAUGAUAUGCUAACAGACAAAGGGAAAUUCACAAAUGAAAGAGAUGAAAUGAUGUAUCGCAUUGAAGAAGCUUUGGACAGGGGGGAAGUAGAGAUCAAAGAGAAACUAGAUAUCCCAGAAGAUUUCAGUUUUUCAAAAGUGAAACCAUUAAACAUAUGGUCUAAGGAAGAUUUACUGAAGCCAGAACCAAAAGAUCCAAUCGACAAUUUGUGGUAUCGGCUCGAGAGAGAGGAACAUGAAAAACUGAUCAGCAAUAGAGUAACUUACAACGACUUUGAGGAAAUGAUACAGCUUACCAAGCAAGGAAAGAUGUGGCACUAUCCCAUAGAUAAUGAACAAGGGAUUGAAGAGGAAAAAGAUGUUUCAUUCACUGAUCAUGUGUUUUUUGAUGACUUGCUUGAGGAUUUCCCUAAAAGUGGCCCCAUAUCAAAGUUUAUGGAACAAGUAACAGUUGGUCUUGCUCAAAACCCAAAUCUAACUGUCAAAGAGAAGCGUGAACAUGUAGAAUGGUAUAAAAACUAUUUUCAAGAGAAAGCAGAAGUGCUGAAAGACACUUUUGGUGAGACGGGAGAUUUGAAGACCUUUCUUACAACAGACCUCUCCAAAAAGAGACAGUCAGAAGAGGAUUGACUUGAUGACUGUGUGUAUGUAGGUGUGUUUGUAGGAUCAUAGUACCGAAUUCCAUCAAUCUCUGUGAGUGCACUGUAGAGGAAUGCAGGGAUAUUUGAGGGCAUUCUUAACAUUCAUUACAUCAGUCUUGUGACUGAACGUGUGUACUGUACAAAUAAACAUUUCCUUCAAUUUCAGUGGAUUUUGUGUGUCCAUAGCUACAGGACGACAAAUCAGCUUUGUUUCUGUGAUGUUCUUGAAAUAUUUACAUAAAUUAUCAAUGUUUUGUCAGUAAAAAAAAAUCUAUGCUG